AUGUCUACUUCCAGCAUGGGGCCUCCCCCUGAGAAAGAACCUAAACCCACGGAAUGGAAGCGCGACAUGGGGGACGAGAGACAAUGUGCUACCUUCCAUUUCGAGCGUGGAGUUCGGAGGGAAGAAGAAUGGGAGGAGAAGAUUGAAGAGAAAGAAAUUAAUAUUGCUAACUACAAGAAAUUCAUCAAGAAGUACCUCAAAACGACAGUUCGCAAGGAUAACACGUCUAAUCCAGACUUGAAAGAUUCUCUGGCACGGAAGCAAUAUGAAGAGCUCCUGAGGCAGCGUAGGGAAUUAAGAGCUGAGCGCAAGAAGCUUGAGGAUCAACAUGAUUUGGAGGCGGGUAGACAUGAGAAGUUGUUCUUGAAGUUCUAUCCUAGAGGGCAAUAUCGGAGCCAUAUUUUUCCUCCUGAAGCUGCUUGA